AUUCUAUGAAAUGGUAAGACCAGUUUGUAAACAAUUUAGUAUUCCACGAUCUAUUGUGAGUUAUGGUUUUUUAGCGACUAUGAUCGGAGAUAAACGUUUAUUUAGAGUGCUUGUGGUCUUGUACAUCAUUUAUUUACCCACUAGUGCAGAAGACCUUAGCUGCCCUCCCAGUAAUUCUGGCACAACUUACGUUAAGUUAAAGGAUGCAGUCCUCUGUAAUUACGACAGCUCAGUAAGGCCUGUGGUCAAUCAUCAAAACGCAACAUCUGUGUCGUUUAAACUUAUUUUAAAGUACUUUGAUUUUGAUAUUCUUACUAGUACCUUUAGUGUGGAUGCCUGGUUGUCAUUGUAUUGGCGUGAUCAACACUUAACGUGGAAACCGAGUGACCAUGAAAACAUUAAAAAUAUUUAUUUAUAUACCUAUCAAAUAUGGACACCAGACUUGUCUGUUUAUAAUUUAGCUAAUCAAGGAGAAGAUCCGGAAUUGAUUUCGACUAUAAGAUGCAUGGUAAAUUAUAAUGGCGUCGUUCUUUGCGUACCUCCCAUUCAUAUGGAUGUGUUGUGUGUUCCCAAUUUGUCGAAAUAUCCUUUCGAUAAACAGGAUUGCAAAUUACGGAUAGGUUCCUGGAUGCACAAGGGAGAAGAAAUAGAUAUUGUAGCCGAUAAGAGUGUUGUAAAUGUAGACGACUUGAUACCUAACGGGGAAUGGGAGAUUUUGUCCCAUUCGACCGUUAAACAUAAGGGUGUUUAUGCAUGCUGUCCCAACAAUACAUACCCUUCUGUUGAUAUUACUUUUACCAUAAAAAGGUUAGCUGGAAGUCAUGCUGCCAGUAUGGUAAUUCCUGUAAUUGUAUGCGUCAUUUUAACGUUGAUAGUUUUGUCACUAUCGCCUGUAGAUAAAGAAAGACUGAUUAUGAGUUAUGUUAACAUCUUAUGCCACUUCACGCAAGUACAGUAUGUGGCAUGGCAACUUCCCUUAAAGGGAGAUAAUAUGCCUCUUAUAAUUAUAUUUUCAAGGGACGCAUUGUUGAUGUCGCUCUUUGCAUUGUUAUUUACUCUAAUAUUUAGAAACAUCAUGCAAAGGAAAACCAUGCCACCGGGUUGGAUAUCGGCCAUCGUGUCGGGAAUCAUUAGUUGCAAACCAGGACAGAUGCUUCUUUUAAGCGACUAUUCUGCAAAAGAAGCAGCAGCAGCCAAAGGUGAAGAAGAUGGAGCAACAAUUGUAAAUAGCAACACUUCUUCCACAGUAAAUACUCAAGAUUGGGAACUCUUCGGAAAAUUGUUAGACAAGAUAUUCUUUGUAGUGUACAUUCUCACAUAUUUUAUUAUGAUCGUUUCAUUUUUGCCUUGAAAUUUGUUUUCAAUUUGAAAUAAACAAUGUACAGGUGUGAGUUUUUAGCUUACAAUCAACAGAGAUGUUUUUCGUUUGAAGAUUUUUUAUUUAAGAACAUAUCGUACCUUCUUAAAGAAAGGUAGUAAUAGUAAAUCCAUAUGUCUAAGUAAAUAAAAUAAAAUUUAUUGUUAU